UGUUAAGGAAGCUGAAUUAAAAAAAAAAAAAAAACUCCGAAAAGAAGUCAUAGGGUGUUGGCUGGAGACAUGAUGGGCGCCUUUGGUUUUCGCUGCUGUCCAAUUGGAUACCAAUACACAGAAAUGGGCGUGACACUUAGCGGAGUUGUCCGGGAGCCGCAGCGUUGGCGAUGAGUUUACUUCAGGUACAACGGCAUUGUAAAACCUAUCAGAUAGGCGUUCCCACUCUCACCUCGGUAUUGCUCUGCUCCUGCCAGAUGAAAGGUGAACUGCGCGAUGGAUUCUGGUCCACCUGAGCCGAGGAAGUUUACCAGGGGGCUCAAUAAGCCUGGGACCGCGGCGGAGCUCAGGCAGAGCGUCAGUGAGGCUGUCAGAACUUCAGUGUUGGUGUCUGAAGAUGCCUCCCAGGAAAACGAUGACACCAUCGAAGCAGACGUCAGCUGUGGCUUCAAAGAUCAAAAACAAAAUUAUCAACACCUCCUCCUUCUUCAAGGUCUCCCUGAAGACCAACAACAAGGCCCUGGCUCUCGCUCUGCAGGCCCAAAAGGAGAAGAGCAGGCAGCUUGAGAUGGAGGUGGUGCUCCUGCAAAAACAGGUCAAAGAUCUCUGCUUCCAGCUGGCUACCAAGAAACACAACCAAAGGAAACUGAUGCUCAUCUUGAAAAAUCUCCAUAAUAACACUCUACAGCAGCUGGACAUGAUGGCAGAACUAGUUUCUGAUGACGAUUCUCCAAGACUGUCAGAGGGCUGCCACUACCCAACAGAUAAAAACAAAGAGAACGAUGCAGCAGCGCGGAGGCCUGAAAUGUUAAGGAAUCUUUUCUGUCACAACAAAAACAUAGAAGCUACACCAGGUCUGCUCAAAGGAAACCCUCAUCUGGAUGUUUUAAGUGCCCUAACCAGAUGCAGCAACUCCUCUGAUAUUUUUCAUGAAAACGCAGAGGAAAGGCGUUUCAGUCAACGUGUUCAACCCACUCAGACUUCACUCUCAGACAGGAGUGAAGUGGAGCGCCUGUCCCAGUCCAGCUCUCAAAUAAACUCUGUCCUCUGUCCUCAGCACAAUCAAACGCAUGGAAACUCCACAACAUCCCUUUCUAGUGACGUAAACGCUCCAAGUGUGUCAGCCUCAGAAGUUGAGUCUCAGUUAGCAAGAACUGACAAUACAGUGCUUCUCAAUACGUCAAUGGAGAUUACAUUGAGUAACGCAGUUGAAAUUGUCACCGUGGAAACCAAAGCCAAGAAGAAAGGUCCUUCCUGUGAGACAAAAGGCACAGAGAGUCAACAGGUGGGUUCCAGUCCAGAUGUCCAGAAUGGUUUCAACCACAGACCAAAUAAGGAACCUGUGAAAAUUUCUACUCAGAAAAAUAAACCAGAAGAUAAAGACUCAAGAGUUCUUGAGGUACAGUUACCGAAAAAACGCGGCAACAAUAUGAAAGCAUCUCGCAUCCCCAAGCUUGCCAGUCACCAGAAGACAUCCAAGAGCGAUACUGACAGCUGUGACACUGUCUCACAAGAUUUAAAUAAUUAUUUUUCCAAUUCUAAAGUUACCUUGUUGAAGGCUGGGGGCAGUGAACCUGAAGAAGGUUCACCAAGUUCUAAAAUCACCUACAGACGUUCGAGAACUAAAGUAAGGAGGCGCUCUAUGGUCAUUCAAAAGACCUCGUCAGUCCGUCUGCCUCAUGAUGACGAGAGCCAACAGUCCAAACCGGAGAAGGUCCAUGAUGAAGAGGAAGCAGAAAAAACAGAGCCACCUCCACCAUAUGAAUACAUAUUCCAUCCAGUGGAGGAGGCAGGUCUCGGGUCAGAGGAGAAUCAGCCUCCUGCAGCCAGGAGGAAAACGCAGAACAGGCCGAGAUGCAGAGAAACUUUUGUCAUCUCUCUUUCUAGGAACAGUAACUCGCUGGGUCUGGAUUGUGACAUGAUGCUUCCUGGAGAGCCCCACUGCCCAGCUGAGGAGCUGCUAGACGAUCUGUCUCAGAGUUCUGGAUAUUUCCAGGCAAAUCAGCAAACAGAGACCAACAGCACUUCAAAGCGCCCUCUGGUGGAAACAUCAAAGCAUAACAUGGAAGUCCUGCCAGCAGAUGAAUGUGACCGUUCAGAGAACCCAACAUCUAAAAAAUCCAGACGAGACGAAGCAGGAGGUUCCAGGAACAGGAUGAUAUCGUCACUGGGGAAAUAUGCUGAUGGUUACGACUCCAGGCGAAAGAGAAAAACAAGGAAAAGCAGUAAAAAGGUUUUAUCUGAAGAUGAAUCUGGUCUGCAUCCCAUCUGCCGUGAUGAGCUUCUUGUCUGCAGCCCUUACAGUCUGAAGGUCAGGAAGGAAGGUAAAGAGGAUUUUCAGAUGCUCCUCAGCCAUGAUCAUUAUGACAUUGGUGAAAAUCCACCUGAUCCUAAAGACUCCAAAGGCAGGAAUGCUUCAAAACUACAAAGGAAGACAAAGCUGCACACAGCAGCCGAAACCAAGAACCUAAGGAAGACAUUUGUCAUCCACAGACCGACAUGUCAGGACAAAAGCAAUAACACAAGGACAUCGGUUGUUAAUGAUGAGAUGGAUCAUCAGGAUGUCAGCUUUCUGAUAAUGGAUGUGGAUCCACCAUCGCUGCUUGCAGAGCUCAGCACUCUGGACCCAGAAUCCAAUUCUGCACCCAACUCUCCAAAAAGGAGCCCAUCAUGCAGGCUGGUGGUGACUGAGGGGUCAACUAGAGCCUCACCAGCAGGAAGAACUCUAACAACUGUUACCAACACAUUUCCAAACCCAUAUGGUGAAAAUAAAGGAAGAAGCAGGAGAAAGAACUGUGUGGUCUCCUAUAAGGAGCCACCACUGAACAGGAAAAUUAGGCGUGGAGAUGAUUUCACAGACACCACAUUUCUGAGUUCUCCGGUGUUUAAAGGCAGGAGGAAGAGACGAAGAAGACGAAGGAGUAGAAGAAAACAGUGGGUGUGGUCAAGGAGGACACCUCGCCAGAGGCUGCCGUCAGAACAGGGGACAGCAGGGAAACUAGAAAGGGCUGCUGGGCCGGGACCCUCAGUAGCCCCACACAAAACACUCAGUCCCACCACGAACAAAACAGGCUCCCAUACUGGACUUUCAUCUACCCCAACAACUCACUACAUGAAUCCACGGAGCAGACAGAAACUUCUGAGCCUCAUAGGUAAGAGAUGCCUUGUUCAUUGUUGGCUGGAUGCCACUCCAGUAGAAGCAUUAUGGGACACUGGUGCCCAGGCAUGUCUCAUUAAUGAAGAAUGGAGACAAUUACACUUACCACACCAGCGAGUGAGACCUCUGAAUGAACUACUGGAGGUGGAUACACUUAUUGGGCUUGCAGCCAAUCAGACACAAAUUCCUUUUCUGGGCUGGGUGGAAGUGGAAUUUAGACUCGGUAAAGACUCACUCUCAGCAGAACCCCUGUUGGUACCAGUACUUGUGUCAAGUGAUUCCAGUGUGGCACAACAGCCAAUAAUUGGCUACAAUGUCAUAGAGGAAGUUCUAGGAGAUAACACACUUAAACACAGGAAAUCUGAAGUCAUCCAAAAUGUGUGUGGAGCCUUUGCUGUAACUUUCCAAACUGCACAGACAAUUGUCAAACUAAUUCAGACAUCAGAUAGUCAGGUUGAUGUGGGUCUUGUGCAUACAGGAAGAAGUCAAAUCAAAUUAACAGCUGGACAAAUCACCAUCAUCCAUGUGAGAGUUAAUCCUGGAGCUCAGUUCAGAGGAGAGGACCUUCUUUUUGUUCCUUUGGAGGACUCGGUGCUGCCAGAAGGUGUCAGCAUCGGUGAGGAGGGUCUCAUAACAGUUCCUAAGGAAAGCUCAGGAUUUGUCUCAAUCCCAAUGUCCAACACCAAUAAGUAUGAUGUCACUCUACAUCAGCGUACAGUCCUGGGUCACUUAGAAUCAGUAAAGACAGCGUAUACUGUAAGUGCACAACAGUUGAACAUCACUGAUGGUGAACAACAGAAAGAUGACAUUUCACCCAGAGCAAAGCCACCUGCAGCACAGUGUCUGAUCACCAACAGCAAAGCAGAACAACAGAAGCCAACACAGUGGGAUCCUCCAGUUGACCUCUGCCACUUAACGGAAAGCCAAAGACAGACUGUGAGACAGAUACUGAGAGAAGAGUGUCAUGCAUUCGCCUAUGAUGAAGAUGACAUAGGUUUAAUUCCCUCUUUGAAACUUCACAUCACUCUGCAUGACACCACUCCAGUGAAGAAAACAUAUAUGUCAGUUCCCAAGCCAUUACAUCAGGAAGUUAAAGAAUACCUUCAAGAUCUGCUGAAUAGAGGCUGGAUAACUCAGUCACGUUCUCCAUAUGCAUCACCAGUGGUGUGUGUAAGGAAGAAAGAUGGGACUCUGAGGCUGUGCUGUGACUACCGGGAAUUAAACAGAAAAACUGUCCCUGACCGCCACCCCAUUCCCCGAAUCCAAGACAUGCUGGAUUCUCUAACUGGCAGCUCCUGGUUCUCUGUAUUAGAUCAGGGGAAGGCUUAUCAUCAAGGGUUUCUGGAUGAGAAAAGUCAGCCCUUAACUGCUUUUAUAACACCAUGGGGUCUGUACCAGUGGAUCAGAAUCCCCUUCGGUUUGAGUGCUGCCCCAGCAGAGUUUCAAAGAAGCAUGGAGGAGUGCCUGAUUGGGUUAAGGGAUGUGAUAUGCCAGCCCUAUCUGGAUGACAAUUUAGUUCACAGCCCGAGUUUUGAGGAUCAUCUCAACCACAUGAGAACUGUGUUGCAAAGAUACCAGAAGCAUGGAGUGAAGCUGAGCCCAAAGAAGUGUGAGGUGUUUAAAAGAAAAGUGAGAUUCCUGGGGCGCCUUGUCUCUGGUGAGGGCUACACGAUGGAUCCAGCAGAGGUAGCACCAGUUCAAUCUUUGAAGGAGAGAACCCCCACAACUGUAGGAGAUCUGAGAAAAAUGCUGGGAUUCCUCUAUUAUCGAACAUACAUACCAAACUUCUCCAGAAUGGCUAAGCCCCUCUACCAGCUUCUGGUCAGUUCACCUGAAAAUCAACCUGAAAAUCCGCCAUCAGAAAAGCAUAAAGACAGGCGGAACAUCAACACUGCAAGAAAUAAAGUGUCAGUCGAUUUUCUGCAUCUAGAGGCCUGCAAGCAAGGUUUUGAGUAUAUUUUGGUUAUAAUGGACCACUACACUCGCUUUGCACAGGCCUACCCCACAAAAAACAAAUCCGCAAAAACAGUAGUGGAAAAACUAUUUGAUGACUUUGCCCUUCGCUUUGGCUUCCCAGAGAAAAUCCACCACGACAUGGGGAAGGAAUUUGAAAACCAGCUGAUGGCUCAACUGCAGAGGUGUUGUCACGUGCGAGGGUCCCACACAACCUGCUACCACCCACAAGGGAACGGACAGGUGGAGCGAUUUAAUCGAACGCUGCUGUCUAUGCUCCGAACACUCACAAUGAUUCCACAGGCUUUUCUCCAUAUUAUUUGCUCUAUGGACGAUCUCCACGACUGCCAAUAG